AUGAUCAGCUACGCCUUCAACCAAGUGGCCUCCUCCAUGCAGACGGAAGCGGAGCAUUUCGACCCUUACCACAUUCUUGACCUGCCUUCGAGAGCCAACGCCACGGUGAUCAAGUCGCACUACCGACGGCUCUCCCUGAAGCACCACCCGGACAAGAACCCCGGCAACAGGCGCGAGGCCAACAAGAAGUUCACCCAAGUCGCCAAGGCGUACAAGGCGCUUAGCGACCCGGAGGCGCGGCGUAACUGGGAGCAGUACGGUCACCCGGACGGGUACCAGCCGUGGACAUUCGAUCUCGCGCUGCCGGCGUGGCUUCGGCCUGGCAAGGACACGGACAACGGCACGCUGGUGCUCUACGGGCUUGGAUACAUGGUUGUGCUGCUAGGCUUCGUGCUGGGCGCCAAGGUCACCCUGGACUUGCUGGACCCUGCCGGGGGCGGCAAACAGCCCGAUUUCGAGGUCACCGACGAGGACGUCAAGGCCUUGCUGAGCAACCUGGACGACACAAGCUCGACGGCCGACGUGCUGGAGUGCCUCGCCGCCUGCCCGCAGCUGUGCUCCGAGGAGCGCAGGGUCCUGGCGGGAGAGAUGGAAGCCAUCACCGACCCCCUGCGAGACUGGCUCCUGGAGCGAGAAGGGGGGGCCCCGCCCUUGCGCGGCCCCCGCUCCUCGUCGCCGCCCCCCCCGCCCCAGGCGGCGGCAGCGGCGGCAGCGGCAAAGCCCGCCUCACGGAAGGGGAAGGGGAAAGGGAAAGGGAAAAAUGGUUCCGGCAAGAGCAAGGGCGGCGAGAGCCCGGCUUCCGGAGAGGAACAGGCUCCCGCCGCAGCAGCGGGGGCGGGAACGAAGGGCGAGGUGGACGGGGAGUUCUUCACGCAGGGGAGGAGGGGGGAAGGGAACCGCCGUACUGCUCGCGAGAGUCCGGAGCUCUCCCGGGUCGUGGCGCACAACCUCGUGGUGAUGCUGAGCGCUCUCCACCGCGCCCCGACGCCCGACGCCGCCGUUGACGGGGGGGUAGCAGUAGCGCCAGGAGGCGGCGAAAAUGGAGAUGAUGGUGAUGAUGAUGAGGGGAGCGCCGGAGGGGUUUCGACCGCAGGAGGCGGUGGCAAGGGUGCCCGGCUUCUGUCCGCCGUCUCCGUGGGCGGAAGGCUUGCCCGGGAGCAGGACCUGGUGUUCGGCCUCGCCGAGCCGCUCCUGGACGCCUGCAUGCAGGUCGCGGCGAGGCGUGCGUCGCCCCAGCUGCUGGGCACCGUGGUGGAGACGAAGGCCAUGCUGAGGCGCCGGCUGUGGUCGUCGGAGGACCCCGCGGCCCUCAAGCGGCAGCGCGAGGAGGCGGACUUGGACUUGGACGCUGCUGUGCCCAGCAUCAAGGUUAAGAGCGUGGCGGUGGAGACGUGGGGAGAGAGCCAGGUAGCCGUGGGAGACACGGUCACCGCUACGAUCACCAUCGCCCGAGAGCACGCGCCGGAGUACCAGGGCCUCCGACGCAGGAGGCCGGAGGCUGGGUCCUUGAUCGCCAAGGGCGAGCCGUGGUGGGUCAUGCUCGCGGGAGGGAAGGGGGGAAGUUCGCUCAUCAGAGUGACCCCCAUGCUGGUGGAAAACUUGGGCAGCGGCAUCGCCGAGUGCAAGAUGAAAUUCCAAGCCCCGACGCGCCCGGGCUUUGUGGACCUGACGGUUUUCGUCAAGAGCCCCGUCUUCGUGGGUGUCGACUGCGAGAGCACCGCCAGAUUUAGGGUCUGGAGGCACGACGAGCUCAAGGAGGACGAUGAUGCGGGGGAUUGGUAGUAGCGUCACACACGCAGCCGUCUAUAAUAGAACGUUUGGUCGGCACGGACUGCUGCUGUUGACUGGUCGGUCUUGGUUGGGGGGAAGCUGAGAGCAUCCCGUUCUGUUUUUUUUGUGACGCCUACACGGAAGGUGUAUGCGUCAGCUAGACCAGUGUACCGAGUAGAAACCGCAACGGCUUUUUAGAGUGUGGAGACAACAGCAACAACCAUGUUAGGUUUUGGGUGCACGUGUUGGUGGUGUGCUGGUAUUCUCCAGGGGCAUUUGUUGCCAGAUUCACCAGGCGGAGAGAAGCCCUGAUUUGUGUUGUCCCUCAUAAAAGGUUGCGACAUGUCAAACGUGUGCGAUGGACUGCUUCGGGAGAUGACCGCUUCCACGGAAAAGGAUAAUGAAGAAAAAAACCGACCGGAAGACGGGGUCUGGAGGUCGUAAGCCGAGACCCCAAUUAAUCCGGUGGUGUCUCAGAAGAUGCCAUCCGUAGUUGUACCCCGGCGAAGAGGAGAGGAGGAAUCACGAGCUACCAAUAGCAGUGAUGCCGUUGUUCGUACAACGCAGGCUCAUGCCUGCAUGCUGCGUGAGAAGUGGUUGCAUCCCAUGUGGAAUGAUAUUGUAGCGAGUGCGUGGUGUUGUUUUGAUGUCGCAGACCACCAUCCGCGGUAAACACACAGACAAACCUGGCGCACAUUCAAAAUGAAGCCACGUUCGAUCCACACUUACAAGAGUCGGGGUAU